AUCUGGCCCCAAAUACUCUCCUCCGAUAGACCCACAAAGACCACUACUAUCCAAAUCUCACCGAGCAUGAAUGGAACAAGUUCCAAUCACAUACGAGUAAGUGUAACGAAUGGUCCACUGUGUAAUUAUCGAUUUGCUAAUACCGGACAUACCAGGCCAUUGCCUUGAUAUGCUGCGCCAGGCAAUUCAAUACAAUGCCGAUACCUAUUUGAUGAUAUUCCGUUGGAUAGAGACCGAGGACAAGCCUGUGUUCAAUCCAAAGAUCCCUGUAAGAAGCUGUGUCGAUUUCGACCUCUUGCGAGAACCACUAAAGCCGCGGAAUGUGGGGAUGGGUGAAAUUCACGCACUGAAGAAUCCGCUGUUGAAUAAGGGGUUCUAAUCUUUAUACAAUUAUCUUAUGAAUGCCAUGUACAUCGACAGUGAAUUAGGGAUAUAAAUUAAAGAAGGUGAAUCGUCAAUUUUGAAAAAUGUAAUCU